UUCUCUUCUUCGACCCAGAACAGAACACUGUCGAAAAAUUCGACCUAAACCCUGACGGAAAUCGAUCGAUUAUUCCGAUUUUCAUUUUAUUGAAUUACAUUCUGAGCUAAAUCGAACGUCAUUCGUGAGAUUCUUCUUCCUCUCUCGCUUUUCCCACUUUCAGUAACCUAAUUUCCAGUAGGUUAUUACAGUUUGGGUUUUAAUCACAAAAAGUCCUCAAUUUAGUGCAAGUUCAUGAAAUAAAAACUGAAGAAAUAUGAGCAUUGUGCCUAAGGAAACGAUUGAGGUUAUUGCGCAGAGCAUUGGGAUUAGUAACCUUUCUCCCGAUGUCGCACUUGCUCUUGCUCCUGAUGUGGAGUAUCGUGUUCGGGAGAUCAUGCAGGAAGCGAUCAAGUGUAUGCGCCACUCGAAGAGAACUGUUUUGACGGCUGAUGACGUGGAUAGUGCCCUUAAGUUAAGAAAUGUGGAGCCAAUAUAUGGCUUUGCCUCCGGAGAUCCUCUGCGCUUUAAAAGGGCUGUUGGACAUAAGAAUUUGUUCUACAUUGAUGACAAGGAUGUUGAGUUCAAAAAUGUGAUUGAUGCUCCUUUACCAAAAGCUCCGCUUGAUACAGCUGUCGUUGCUCAUUGGCUAGCUAUUGAAGGAGUGCAACCAGCAAUUCCGGAAAAUGCUCCUGUAGAAGCACUUGUUGCACCUGCGGACACAAAAAAGUCUGAGCACAAAGAUGAUGGACUUCCUGCCGAUAUUAAAUUGCCUGUUAAGCAUAUAUUAUCUAGGGAGCUUCAGCUAUAUUUUGAUAAAAUCACUGAGCUAACUGUCAGUAAAUCUAACUCCAUUCUCUUUAAAGAAGCAUUAGUAAGCCUGGCUACAGAUUCAGGACUUCAUCCUUUAGUUCCUUAUUUCACAUAUUUUAUUGCUGAUGAGGUCACAAAGAGUUUGAGUAACGACUUCCCUCUUCUUUUCGCUUUGAUGCGCGUUGUUCGGAGUCUUCUCCAGAAUCCACACAUACACAUAGAACCUUAUCUCCACCAGCUAAUGCCAUCUGUGAUUACCUGCCUUGUGGCCAAAAGAUUGGGAAAUAGGUUUUCUGACAAUCACUGGGAGCUUCGGGAUUUCGCUGCAAAUAUAGUUGCUUCAGUAUGCAAGAGAUUUGGGCAUGUUUAUCACAAUCUACAACCGCGGGUAACGAGAACUCUGCUUCAUGCUUUUCUGGAUCCAACGAAAGCAAUGACCCAACAUUAUGGUGCUAUUCAAGGGCUUGCUGCUCUGGAACCCAGCGUGGUCCGUCUUCUAAUACUUCCCAAUCUGGAGCCUUAUUUAAAACUUCUGGAGCCAGAGAUGCUUCUUGAAAAGCAAAAGAACGAGAUGAAGAGGCAUGAAGCUUGGCGUGUGUAUGGGGCUCUGCUGUGUGCUGCAGGUCAGUGCAUGUAUGAACGCCUGAAAUUGUUCCCAGCUCUGCUAUCCCCGCCUCCACAUACAGCCUGGAGGACUAAUCGAAGAGUUGCAACUACAAUGCCAAAUAAACGCGAACCAACCAUGGACCACUCUAUUCAACAGCCACCUCUCAAGAGAGUUGUAAAUGAUGGUCCAAUGAGUUCACUGGCAACUGACAUGCAAAUUGAUGGAUUUCCUGGGAUGGAGUCCAUGGGUGGGACAUCAUCAUUACCUGCACAUCUUGUGAACCAUAACUUACCUGGUGGCACCAGUGGUAACAACAGAUUAGAAAAGAAGAAGGAUGGUCGUGCUCCAAAAGUAACAGCUGUUCUCACCCAGGCCUGGAAGGAGGACAUGGACGCUGGCCAUCUGUUAGCAUCAUUGUUUGAGUUGUUUGGUGAAAGCAUUUUAUCCUUCACUCCCUCAGCUGAGAUGUCUUUCUUCUUGUGAUCUUAUUAUCUGUAGCUUUGUUAAUCAUAUUUUGUAUUAAUCAUCGAAACUCGAGAAAUACAAAAAACUUUAGCCAAGACAUUCCGAGGCCACAGACAGAAAAACCAAACAAAAAACAUCUAAAUACCUACACUUGUUUACGUCAAUUGGAAAAUCAAGAUGAAUAUUACACUCCCAAGUCUCCAAAUAAAAGGGGGCUUACUGUCAUAAA